AUGGACGCGCUUGGCGCGAUACCGCCGGACGAAAGUGCCGUUCACAGUACUCCCAACGAGACGACUUGCGUACGAAGCAGAUCAUCUACAGACACAACUCAAGGUACUAAAGAUGGAGGCCUACAACAAAACACCCACAGUUCUAGUGGCAGCGAUGACGAAGAAGAUGAUCAGCAGGCUGAGGAUGAGGAAGAAUCCGACGAGGAGGACGAGGAGCCCCGCCUGAAGUACGCAUACCUCACAAAGCACUUGGGAUCAGUGUACCGCAACGGGGAUGCGACAAGCUCGUUCCUCGUAGCAGGGGACAAGAUGAUAGUCGGAACGCACAACGGAAACGUCCAUGUCCUGUCAUUGCCUCUUCUACAGUCGCUCCGCGUAUACCAUGCACACUCAGCAAGUGUCACAUCUAUCUCCAUAUCGCCUUUCCCGCCUCCGCUUCCAAAUUUAAAGCAAGACGCAUUCAGCAAGCAGACCACAGAAGAUCCCCGGCCGCCCACACGAUCCUCCACCAACACAGGCAGUAUUCGCGGUCAAAAAAGGCUGGGCAGUCACCUGUCUGUCCCUCCCAUACCAUCAAACUCGAUAUACAUUGGAACCUCCUCAAUCGACGGCAACGUGUGUGUCUCGUCGUUGGUAGACCCCAAGGAUGUUAUGCUGCGCAAUUUUGGCCGGCCAGUGCAGUCUGUUGCUUUAUCUCCGGACUACAAAAAUGACAGGACGUUCCUGUCCGGCGGGCGUGCGGGUGAAUUGAUACUCACCACUGGUGGUCGCAUUGGAGCGACCUCUAACUCUACAACGAUGGGCGGCGCUGCCGCAACAGCGUCAAGUUGGCUUGGAUCCAUGGGUUUGGCAUCCAACAGCGGAAAAGACACGAUCAUGCACAGCGGUGAAGGGGCUAUUAGCACAAUCAGAUGGUCUUUAUCUGGCAAAUACGUGGCUUGGGUCAACGAAGAAGGCAUCAAAAUCAUGCGGUCCAACCUACAUUUAGAUUCCUCAGAGACCGAGUUUGCCUGGAAAAGAAUCAGCCACAUUGAUCGCCCAAACCGUCCCGGUUGGGAUGAAAUGUCGAGUGUCUGGAAGGCCCGCGCGGAAUGGAUUGAUCAAUCUGCUUUGGAUAGCCAAGACAAUCUCGAUCCGAACGACAGUACCAAAAGCCCGGAGACGAAGCCAGCUGUGCCCACUGAAAACGUAGAAAAGCUUGUUGUCGGAUGGGGAGGCACUGUUUGGGUCAUUGAUGUCUACCCUGAAAGAGCAAGCAAGUCCUCCAAGGGGGAAAAACUUGGAUCUGCAGAAGUUGUUACAAUAUUGUGUGGUAUCUGGCAUCUCGUUGUACACCCCCGUCUUCUUGUCGUUCUCGCAUAUAUGGAAACCGAAGGCGAAAAUCAACAAAAUGGAGGAAGCACCGGGCGACAUAAUCGUCAAAAAGGCCUGGAGCCUGAACUUCGUGUUAUCGACAUUGAGACUAAGGAAGAAAUUAGUGCCGAUACUCUCUCGAUAAAUCGGUUUGAGGGUCUUUCGGCAUCUGAUUAUCAUUUGAGUGUCUUACCUCCGUGGAAAACCCCGGAAGGACAAGUUGUCCAACGUGGAGCCCUGGGAGCUCUUGGGUACGGACUUUUAGAUGCUACCAUGUACUCUGCGCGGCUCUUUAGCUCUGGUGCCAGCAUCCGCAGUACCACGAGUAGCGGCGACAAAGGCUCAGGCCGAGCCCCACCCUCGUUCAUAUCCAAAAUGUCGGCGGCUGAAGAUUCUCUCCCCAAAGAGGUGCAGGAAGUUUCAGGUGCUCCUGGUGCUAAAAUAUUUGUCCACAGCCCAUAUGAUUGUGUCGUCGCGGUAAGAAGGGAUCUUGCGGACCGUUUGUCUUGGCUAGACAUGCAUGGCCAGUACGCGGAUGCAUGGCAUCUUGUGGAUGAACACCCAGAAGCUGCGGGUUCUAUACCUGAUAUCAGCGAAAUUGUUUCCGAAGCUGCCGGAAGGUCACAGACCAGUCUCGGUGACUUUUUCGCCGAUGAUCGAUCAUCCAUCACAACGGCUGGGCGACCAAAGAUCUCUGCCGCUGAACAAGAAAAGGCUCGCCUUGGGGAACUUUGGGUCAAACAGCUUGUAAAUGAGGAGAAGUGGGUUGACGCUGCGAGCAUCUGUGGUAAAGUCAUUCGCAACGCUCCGCGUUGGGAACACUGGGCCUGGGUCUUUAUCAACAAUGAUAGACUGGAUGAGAUUACUCCACAUAUUCCGGUUGAUUUACAUCCAUCGUUGUCUUCUGUGAUCUACGAAACCGUUCUACUUCACUACGUGUCUCGAGAUCUGGCCAAAUUCAAAGAAUUGAUCGAAACAUGGCCAUCUGAUCUAUUCGAGUCGAAUACGGUCACAGAAGCGAUUGAAGCACAACUUAAACCGGAAUUUGUACGCGUUGAAUCGGAGGAAUGGCGAACACUCACGGAUUGUCUCGCCAGGUUGUUCCUGGUUGGAGGGCAUUACCGCGAAGCUUUGCGUUGCUACAUUCGACUCCAGGAUGCAGAUGCAGCUAUGUCCUUGGUCCGUGAACACCGCUUGCUUGAUGCAGUGACCGAUGAUAUACCGGCCUUCAUCAUGAUCCGGGUUUCCAAAGAGCAGAUGAAGUCAGCCACGAAGUCUGAGUUGGAGGAGCUGACUUCUGAGUCUACACGGCUUCUUGUUAGCGAAGCAUACACGGGGAUUGUUCUUCCAGAAAUGGUGGUGUCGCAGUUGAUCGCUGCAAACCGAUUCCUGUUUCUUUAUUUCUAUCUCCGUGCGCUCUGGCGAGGCGAAUCAUUACCGCAUGAAGCAUCCAAACCUCGCAGAGGACGUGGAGCCCAUGCUCGAGACGCAGCCAACAAGCUUGCUGCCGACGAGGGCAAAGCUUUAAUUGACAACUUUGCCGAUACGACCGUUGAGGUCUUUGCCGACUAUGACCGUCCUCUAUUGAUGGAAUUCCUUCAAAACAGCAUCUCCUAUUCUUUCGAGAAAGCCACAUACAUCUGUGAAGAGCAUAGUUUUACCCCGGAGUUGAUUUAUCUCCUUUCCAAGAUGGGUCAGACCAAGCGUGCUCUGAACCUGAUCUUGUCAGAUCUCAAGGACGUUUCACAGGCCAUUUCAUUUGCUAAAUCACAGGAAGACCCCGACCUAUGGGAGGAUCUACUUGAUUACUCAAUGGACAAGCCGAAGUUCAUCCAUGGCCUCCUGGUUGAAGCUGGAACGGCCGUCGAUCCGAUCAAACUUGUGCGCCGGAUUCCAAGCGGACUGGAGAUUGAAGGCCUCAGGGAAGGUCUCACACGUUUGAUUCGUGAGCAUGAUCUGCAGGCUAGUAUUAGCCAAGGCGCGGCCAGGGUCAUGCAAAGUGAAGUUGCCCUGGGCAUGGACUCGUUACGCAAAGGUCAGCGUCGUGGAAUCAAAUUCGAUGUUCUCGAAGACGGAGAGCAAGAUUCUACCCUGACGCUGACAACCAAAUCUCAAAAACAAGAUCGAGUGUCCGAGACCAGUGGUGCAAAGAAAUUCGCAGGCCCUGGACAAGGAAGAUGCGGUGGCUGUAACGCCGCUUUCCGUGCAAAUGAACGAGAAAUCCUUGUUGGAUUUGCUUGUGGUCAUAUCUUCCAUCUAUCUCACCUGCAUCCAGAUGGGCAAUCCGGCACCAACAGUCGUGACCGAUCUACAGACCAUACACCUCGACCCAUGUCCCCAGUGGACGAAUCUACAUCUGCCACUGCUUCUCGCAUCGUUGGUCCUAAAGUCACGACAGCAAGAAUUUUGCGUGAUAAGAUCGGCGAUGGAUGUCGGAUCUGCGCUUUGACAAGACAGAUUGAAUCCCUUGGCGAGGCUGAAUCCUGA